CGGACCACAGUCGAUACUCCUCCGUUCACAAAGAAUACACGUUUUGUAAAAGAAAAUUACAACUUUUGCAAUUACUUGGGUUCCAGUAUUGCUGAAAAUAAUAACAACAGUUUCGCAAACCACAAAGCAACAAGCGCCGACCAUUAUGUUACGAAUAUUUCUCGCGGUGACCCUUUUGUUAGCAGUAUGUUGGGACUCGUGGUCUACCCCAAUUAUAAAGGGUAGGAAGUUCAUGGAUUUACCCGAGUCUUGCGGUGAGGGUACCAGAUUUGCCCAUGGUGGAAGUUGCUUGACGCCAUUUCACAUGGGGGUCAGAAAUCGAACUGGAUUGUCGGUCUCAUUUGGAGGGCAUAAUGGCACAACACUGAACACUACAAGACACAACGCAUCAUCUGUCCACAUUGGUGGUACCGAUAGGGUUGCGGCUAAUCAUCAGGCAAUGUACAAUGUCACAUCAUCCAACUUUGAUUGUGGUACCCAUCACAGAACAGCAGUUAAUCAUUCAAGGUUGGUGGUCUGCUUUCAUAAGCUAAGCCCCCAUAUUUCAAAAAUAUAAAUAUUAAGAAUUGAUACUUUUGGCUCUAGUAGUCUGGUAUAUUAAAAUGUGAAAAAUAUUUUUUUUCUAUAUUAAUCAGCGUAUCCGAACCUUGUACAAUCAAGUGAUGUUGAACCCUUUUAGAAAAUUAUUGAAGAAAUACUACUAUCAAACCCAGUACUUCUAUCCUAUUAAACAGUUUACUCGUAUUUUAAAUAUAAUGCGGGUAUUUUAAGUAGAAACGUCGAAAUACGUGAUUUAUGGUUAGAAACUUUUGACCUGUCGUCACGCACAGAAGUGUCAACUAAAAACAUAUGACUGAAAAAUUUUAAAGUACAGUCCAGUAACAGUAGAAAGGUACAGAUCAAAUCUAGAAAAGACAGUAAUUUUAAAUUAUUAACAAAAUCUCUAUUCGGUCCGUUAAAUUUAAAACAUAAGAAUCCCAGAUUGACGAUUACAUAAAUAAGUGAAUUGAUGUCAAAGAGACAUUUUUAGUGUAUCACAAACGUCAAUUCAUUGAUAAAUGGAAGAAUAUAUGUUUUCCUUAGAAAACAUAUUUGAGGCACACCUCCGAUGAUAACAGUACCAAGCAGGUUUGGACUUGAAAAAGUCGACAAAGAUUAGGAAUUUUCGGCCAUGAAAACAACUCUAAUUUUCUCUUCAUGGCAUCUAUGAAAUGUUUGUAUUUAAAUAUUGUAGAGCAUAUUUAUAUAUUUUCAGCUUUCAUCAACAUUUCUUUUUUGUAUUUGCGUACUUGAUUGCUUUUUAAGAUGCCAAAGUUAGCAAUCUUAGUUAGCAUCUCUGCAGAAAAUUCAUCUAUUUUCGAAUAUAUAAUUUAGUUCUUUUAUAUGAACUGCGCUCACAAUAAAAACAAAAGUUGAGCACAAUAAUUAUAAUUGGAUAAUAAUAAUAUUUAAUUUCGAUUUCGACAUAAAGUCCAAAGAAAAACAACCGAAACCGAAACUAGGUUCGUACAUUUUAUGGCGACUUCCGAAGUGGUCGGGUUGACUUGUUGACGCUUUCGUUGAUUCCAUGUUCCUAUUUUUGUGUGCGAAUAUUGUUUUGAUCAAAUUCGGAACGCCAUAACUUUUUUAAUAUUCAGCUUUAAUCUGCAUGUUCGGCUUAUUGCUGGUAGUUGCUUUUUAGUUUAUUAUACAGGGUAAAUCAGAUUGAGGUUCAAUUACCCCAAGUUUGAGCCACUAUGUAGGAUGCCUUCGUCAGCCAAUCAGAAUGCCUCCAUUGACAAUAACCGUAUAUUGUCUAUAAUUUUUCCUUUACUCACGUUAGUAUGUGCAUUGGAUGAACGUUUUGAAUCAAAUACACUUUUUAUCAACAAUUUACGUUACUGGUUCUCUCUUUAUUCUCUUUAUUAUUUUUUUUUCCACAUCGUCCUUCGUUUUGUUUUAUAUACUGAAAGAAUGAAAUAGGAAACUAUUGCCCUAAUUCUAGGAGUGCCAGCAUAAAAACCAAAGUUAGAAAUUUAGAUGAAAGUCAUUGUUUCGUUUCUUAAGAGAGAUAAGAGUAUUUCCGUUUGUUGGUUCAACGUUUUCUCAAUUAUAUUUGACAUAGAGAUUAAUUAUUAUAAAUAAAAGAAAGAGAUACACUACUACUUAACCUCUCUCAUAUGGGGUUCGGUUCUCAGAACAUCUGAAGUAUUCUUUUAUCUAAUAAUUACUCUUAUAUCGCUUGAUAAAAAGUCUCGGUUUCGAAUAAAACUAAAACUAAGACCGGAACUUCGGUUUCGUUUUCGCUAAAUAUUCAUCUAGGAUAUAUUGAUUUUAGGACAACUUCAAUACAAAGGAAUAUGACUAAUUCACAUGCGAAUGGGACAAUGAGAUCAGGAUGCUUCUAAGUGAUAAGGUUGCAUUGUACUAUAUGUAUAUAAUUAGAGAUUUAAAUUUCAUUGGAAAAUGGAAUGGUAGAAAAUUUAAUUUUACAAUGUAUGUAAAUCCUAUAGAUUAAAACGACGUAAAGCAGAAACAUUUAAUUAAACCUGUGCAUAAGUUGUAAAAAUUUUAAAAUAUCCUGAAGGAAGAAUAAUAAAUAAAAUGUGCC